AUGUAGCUUUAAAUCUCUUAAUACAAAUUGCUUUAAAAAAUAGGAUGUGGAUCUAAACAUCUUAUCUAUAAAGUUGAAUCAAAAGUAACUUUUCAAAUAUUUGCUUUAAAACUUGAAAAGAGACCUUAAUCAGAUUAAAUUGAAAAUGAAAUAAGAAUCCUUCACUAUUUGUAGAAUAUUGAAGGAAUUCCUAGAUUGAUACAAUUUGGAAUGAGUGCAGAUAAGAAGUAUAAUUUUAUUUAAUUGUUUUCAGAUACUUCUUAAUCUAUCCAUUAUUACAUAGUAAUAUGUAAGCCUUAGCUAAAUAACAAAAAUUUUCUUUGUCCUUAAUUUUAACAAUCGGUUUAAGAAUAAUCGAAAUUUUAGAAAAAGUUCAUAAAAAUAACAUCCUGCAUCUUGAUAUAAAACCAGAAAAUAUAAUGAUAUCUGAACAAAUUUAGAAUGAUUAAGAUUUUCUAAAACCUGGAUUUAUUCAAUUGAUUGACUUUGGACUAUCUUAAAAAUUUAUUGUAAAUUCAAAGUCUUUAUAAGAUGUUUUUAUUGGCUCUUUAAAUUUUGCUAGUAGAUCUUCUCAUAGAGGAACACAUCUUGGAUACAAAGACGAUUUAGAAAGUUUAUUAUAUGUAUUGUAUUACUUAAAAGAUUGUAUUAAAUUUAGAUUAUAAAAAUUAGUGAAAUUACCAUGGUCUGAAAAAGCUUAAUGGGGAUUAAAAGAUGUUGAUAUAGAAUAAAUUGGAAAAAAAAAGUCUAUAUUUUUCAAGACAACCCUCAUAAAAAAUUAAAACACUAACAAUUUCUCGUCCUUUAUGUUCUAUAUUGAUGGAUUAAGGUAUGAUUUAAUGCCAGAUUAUGAUUACAUUAAACAAAUAUUUAAGGAAAUGAUCUAAAAUUCUGAUUAUUAACAUAAAUCACUAUCAUUAUCAAUAGAAGAUUAAACAUUAGAAGGAGAUCUAGAAAUUGCUAAAUUUACUUAAUAAAUUAACUCCGAUGAAAUAAUUGUUGAUACCUUAAGUGAAAAAAAAGUUAUCCGAGUCUCAAAUUUAAUUAGAAAAUACACAACAAACUAAAUCAAAUCCAUUAAAGAUAUUGAAUAAUAAAAAUGA